GCCGGGGCCGCAAAUUCCACGUUUUUGCCCUCGAGCCCACCGCAGACGAGAUGGCGUCGGGACUCGCAGCCUUGCGCGAGGUGACUGGAGACAGCGUCUCGGAUGAGAAGCUCAACGCGCUCCUCAAGGAGGCUGGCGGAGACGUCAACGUGGCCGUCCAGCUCUACCUCGACCAGAGCGCAGACCAGGCCGACGAGACCAUGGGCGUGGACGAGACUAUGGGCGUGGACGAGCCCAGCCACGACACGAGCGGUGACUCAGACGACGAUAUGGGCGUCGCCGCGCCGACGUCUACGGCCGACGUACCACCGCCAGCGCCGAUCGCAGCUUCCAUUGCUGCCUUGAAGGACCUGCUCGAUGGAGCGGCGACUGAGGCCGAGAUGGCGACGCUACUGGCCGAGGCCAAGGGCGAUGUCGAGACCGCGGUGAACCUCUUCUUCAACAAGGCGCCAGCCCCAGCAGUCGAGGAGAGUCCACCGAUUCAUCUCGUAAACGGCGAGUACGAGGUUGAAAUCACGGACGGCAAGAUGCAGUGGACGAUCGGGAACGUCCUGGGGCGGGUCGUCGUGCAGGACGUCGUCCCUGGCGGGUCGGCGCACCGCGCUCACAUCCAAAAGUCGGACGUGCUCAUCGAGUGCUCCGAGCACCCGAUCAAGGAGGCCAACUGUCAUGGCAUCAUCACUCGGCUCUCGAAAGAGGUCGUGGCGGUGCCCGUUCGCCUUCGCUUUCGCCGGUCCGAGCACGGCGAAGAGACGCAGAAGCGAACGCCGACCAAGAUCGUGCCCGGUAGCUCGCUCUUCCCCAAGGCCACGACGCCCGAGAAGCCGGCCGUGGCCGUCACGUACGGGCUCCAAGUCCUCGAGUCGGCGCUCGCUUCGAUGCGCGAGAUGAUCCCGAACGCCGACGAGCGCAGCGACCGCCUCUUGCUCUACUUUCUCUGGAGCGACGGCAACGUGGCGCUCGCGAUCGACCGCUACUUCCAGCCGCAGUCGGCGCUGCCCGACUUUGACGGCGUCCUCGGCCACGACCUCUUUCCCGUCGACGGCGCGCUCCCGCCCUUGACCUGGCCCAUGUACGACGCCACAUUUCCCACGGGACCCAUGGGCAUCACGGUCGAAAACAUUCACGAGCGUACGGUGGUCGUCAACGUCAAGGAGAACACGUCGGCUGCGCGCGCCAACGUGCACAUGGACAGCUGGCUCGUCGCGAUCAACGGCGACUGCGUCACGCAGCUGACGCACAAGGAGACGUUGCAGCUGAUCCAGACGCUGCCCCGCCCGCUCGUUCUGAGCUUUUGCUGCCCGCCGGGUACAUGGCUCCCAGAACUUAAGAAGCAACUCGCGCGGAACGUUCGCGUGCCGCAGACGCACACAGUUGCGGGCCGCGCCGAGCGCAUCGAGCGCCACGAGAUUUUCGUGCCCGAGGAAGAUCGCGUGAGCUUCAAGCGGUUCGAACGCAAGCUACUCCAGGUGCUCCAGUACUUUCCGAACGCGGCCUGCGUCAUGCUCCACAAAGAACUGAGCAAGCAAGGGACGGCGACGUCCGACGACGUUGACAUCAAGGCCGUCGACGACGCUGGCCACGAGCUAUUGGCCGAGUGGGCCUCGGGCACAUCGCCUCUCGUUGGUGCGGCGUGCCCUGCGAGAGCGUUCCUCCUCAACGGUUUUGCCUCGCUCGAGAGCCAUCCGGACAAGGGCGAGUUUGUCGUGCUCCAGACGCUGUCGUGCAUGCGCCACCUCGCGCUUCUCUGCGGUGACACGGCGGCCGAGAGCGAGUCGCCGGUCGGCCACGCCAAGUGGCUGCUGCUGCAGAUUGCGCUCAACGUCUUUGAAGCCGCGGCUGUGAUCGAGAAGAGCACGACCUGGGAUGUCGUGGUCGAGUCGCUUGUGGCGAUCGCCAAAGCCCUGCCCGACCAUGUGUUUGUCCGCACGAUUCCGGCGCUUGUCGCGCGUCUGAGCUUGUACUCGAGCCCCAGCUCGCGCAUUGUGACGCUGGCGCUGCUCCCGAUCGUAUAUGAGCGCGUCACUGGCGACCUCACGGUCCAGCUGCGCGGCAUGUUUGACCGGCUUCUCCAGGACGAGGCGCCGCUGGUCCGCCGCGCCGGUGCCCACAUCCUUCCGGAGCUCGCACUGCACCUUGGCCCGCGCACGAUGCCGUGGACGCUGCAGAUGCUUGAAAAGACCGUCGGGGAUCCGUCCGACCUUGUCCGGCUGUACGGCGUCAAGGCCAUUGCGGGUAUUGGCGCGGCGCUGCCCCACAUCAUGGGCGAGGAAGCGUCGCUCCACAUGACGCGGCUCCAGCUCGUCCCGCUCAUCAACGCUCUCGUCUCGGACAGUGAUUGGCAAGUGCGUCUCCAGAUCGUGACUUCGAUGCCCGACCUUGUGAGUGCGAUGGGCCCGGCGCUCGCCGAGGUCAUGCUCGACCACUUUCUCGGUCUUGUCAAAGACGUCAACAUGGAGGUGCGCGUCAAUUGCGCCAAGGUCGGCUUCGCCGUCGCGUUGGCGCUCGUCGUUCUUGCCGACGCCGACAUCGACGCCGCCUUUCUCAAGGUCACGGCGUCGAUCCUACCAGCCCUCUUUACGCUUGCCAAAGACCCGUGCGUCUCGGUGCGCCGCGCGGUCGCGACCUCUGUCGGCGACGGCGUCGAUCUCCUCGGCAAGGCCCGCGGCGAAGCGCUCGUGUCGCUGAUUUCGCAGCUCAUGAACGACAAGGAUCUGCUCGUGCGACAAAGUGUCGUGGAGGCCCUUGCGUCGCACUGCGAGAGCCUCUCGGACGACGUGACGAGUAUCCUCGUCUCGAGCCUCGAGACGUUGGCAAAGGGCGCUGUGUGGCGCACGCGGCUCUUGGCCGUCGAGAGCAUCGACGCGUGGGCGCGCAGCGGGUCGCCGUCGCAAGCCAUGUUGCAGUACAUUCCCGGCAUCUGCCUCUCGCUCCUGACGGACCCGGUCUGCGACGUGCGCUUGGCUGCAGCCUCGGCGUUGAGCAGCGUCGCCAAGCUCUGCGGGCCCGAUUGGGUCGCGACCUCGGCGCUUGUGACGCUGCGGCAACUCCUCGAGGCAGGCACGACCCAACAGCAGCUCACGGGUCUGUUCACGCUCUCGCUGCUGCUGCGUGAGAAGCUCCUCUCGCGCGUCCAGGUGGAUGCGUGCAUUGGGCGCGUCCUCGAGAUGGCCCGCGUUUCGACGACGCUGAACGUUCGCGGCAAGGCGUGGCAAGUGCUGCUCCUCGUCGUGGGCUCGCAUGCCGAGGCGCUCCGAACAGCCGUCGUGGACGCGAUCCUUCUCGAGAAGGACGUGGACGUGCGCAAGGACAUCCUUGCGGUCUCGGCCGCCCUCGACACUGCGUAGAUCGUUGGAGUAUUUUAAUUGCACCGUCUUCUUUCGUUGUCUGCCCUUGUGGCCGCGCCAGUUGGCUGGGAUUCGAUCCCCACCUCCAGUUCAACAACCACCGUCUUGCCUCAAGCUGGAGACUUGAGGCUUGGACUGCCGUCACUCGCUUCUAACCAUGCAGGCGCGGCCCGUCAUUGCCAACCCGUCGCUCGCCGGCUGCGGCGCCUGCUCGAGUCGAAGGCAGUGAUCGAUUCCAGCUCCCGCAAUGGUUUGACAUUCGCGUGGGGCCGAGUACGCUUCCGACGCUGUUGCCGCUGGUCCACGAACAACCGCUUCGGCCCAACUCGCUUCUCUCGGGUGAUACUUGCCAAUAAUGCACUUGGUAAAUGUAGAUUAUCGAUUCGUGAGCUACGGCA